AUGCGUUCCUCUCUCGUUCUGCUCGCCGGUCUGGCGGGCUCGGCUCUCGCUUACCCUACCGAUAUGGCCGUUGAGCGCCGUACUUUCGGUCUCCUCGCUGAGAUCCUCGGCGGUGUUUCCGAUCUCACCGUCGACGUGACAUCCAUUCUAGGUGCUGUCCUCGGUGGCGGACACCACAGCCACUCUUCUUCCCUCCUUGCUGGUCUCGGAGCCGAGGGUGCUGCCGCUCUUCAGGGUGGUGCCUUGGGUUGCAAGGCUGGUGUCAUUCACGCCGAGGCCCGUGCUGCCCUGAAGGUCUGGCUGCACCUCCACGCCAACCUCGAGGCUUCUUUGAAAACUUCCCUGAUCUCCUGGUGUGAGGGUGACGAUGAGCUCGUCCUCUCCGCUGAUGUCUUGGCUGCUCUUGCCGUGUACAUCCCAUCGUGCGCCGAUAUCGCCGCCAAGGGUCAGCUCUACGUUACCAUUGAUGGUAUCUUCGGUGCCUCCUCCCUCGAGUCUGCUCUCGUCCUGAGUGCGUCCCUGCAGUCCUCUCUUUCUGCUUGGAUUGAGGCCGCUGUUGGCCUUGAUGUUGACGUCAAGGCCGGUCUCAAUGCCUGCGCUGCUGGUGGCGUUGUCACUAGUCUGACUGCUGAUGUCAAGGCUAGCCUCCUCGCCUGGAUCAACGGUUCCAACUGUGAUCUCAGCGCUGAGCUCAAGGUCUCCGUUCUGGCCUGGAUCAACGGCCACCAUGGCCACGGUCUCGUUGAGAUCGGUGCCCUUGGUGAGGCUGCUCUCUCUACCAUCUCUGUCGGUGCUUCCGUCGGCGUUCACGUCGAGGAGUCCGGUAUUCUCUCCGUUGGAGGCCAGGCCUCCCUCGCUGCCUUCCUCGGUGCCGACGUCUCUGCCGACCUCAGUGCCGAUGUCCAGCUCGCUCUCGAGGCCUGUGCUAAGGGCAAGCUCGCCACUGCUGUUGAUCUCGACAUUCGUACCAAGCUCGCUAUCUGGCUCUCCGGCUCCGACUGCUCGCUCGGUGUCGAACUCAAGGCCGUCGUUCUCUUCUGGCUGUCCUUCGGUGUUGAUGCCUCCGUCUCCGUUGACCUCGUCAGCGGUGUCCUAUCUGAUGUGACUGGUCUCCUCACCGAGCUCCUCUCCAGCCUCAGCGUCGACCUCCGUGCUGCCCUCUCCGUCAUCCUUUCCGGUGGCAGCCUCGAGUCUAUCUCCCUGUCUGCUCGCGCUGAGCUCGCUGCCUUCCUCGGUGGUUGCACUGGCCUUGAGAUUGACGUCAACAUCCAGCUCAUCAUCAUCGAGUGGUUCACUGGUUGCUCCAUUCCCGGUGCUCCAUCCGGCAUCAAGUCGUCUUCGGUCCCCAGCCUGCCUUCCAGCACCCCGUACGUUUCCAGCACUGGUGUCCCCUCCGCCCCCGGCGCCAGCGUCUCUGUCUCCAUCCCUAGUGGCCCUGCUCCCUCCGGAUCUUCUCCCUCCGGUGGUGCUUCCGGCUCUGCUCCCUCUGGUGUCAGCCCAACUGGUUCCGUCCCCAGCGGCCCCGGCGCUAGCGUCUCUGUCUCUGUCCCUGCCGGCCCUGCUCCCAGUGGCUCUUCUCCUUCCGGUCCUGAAACCACCCCCUGUGACACUCUCACCGGCGUUGAUGUUUCCAGCACUGUGAUCCCCGGUGGUUCCUCGCCUUCUGGCUCCGUCCCCAGCGGCCCUGCUCCUUCUGGAUCUUCUCCCUCGGGCCCUGCUCCCUCUGGCUCCGUCCCCGGCGGCCCUGCUCCCAGCGGCUCUUCCCCUUCCGGCCCUGAGACCACCCCCUGUGAGACCCUCACCGGCGUUGACGUUUCCAGCACUGUGAUUCCCGGUAUGCCCGCUCCCUCCGGUGGUGCCUCUGGUCCCGCUCCCUCUGGUCCUGCCCCUACCGAUGGUGCCUCCGGUCCUUCUCCCUCUGGUGUCAGCCCUACCGGCACUCCCGUUGCCCCCGGUGCCGGUGAGAGCACCACCCCCUGUGACACCCUGACCAGCGAAGAGAUCUCCAGCACCGUCAUCCCCGGCAUGCCCGCUCCCUCCGGUGGUGCUUCCGGCCCCGCUCCCUCCAACUCCGACGUCAGCCCUACCGGCACUCCUGUCCCCAGCGGCCCUGCUGCCUCCGGUCCCAGCGGUACCCCUGUUGCCCCCGGUGCUGGCGAGACCACCACCCCCUGUGACACCCUGACCAGCGGAGAGAUCUCCAGCACCGUCAUCCCCGGCAUGCCCGUUCCCUCCGGUGGUGCUUCCGGCCCCGCUCCCUCCAACUCCGACGUCAGCCCUACCGGCACUGCCGUCGUCCCCAGCGGACCCGCUGCCACCGGCGGCUCAUGGACCGAGAGCUGGGCUUACACCCAGACCAAGGAGACCACCAUCUCCGCCACUGUUCCUUGCGAGACUGGCUCUGGCAGCGUCCCUACCAUUACCGCCCCGGCCGUGGCCUCUUCCGUCACUACCGUUACCGCUACCGUCACCGCCACCGUUUGUGGCUGCGACGAGUAA